AUGAACCUCGCGGGGUGGGCUUCAAAUGGAGGUGGGCUUCUAUUAGAGGAAAUACGGUAUACUAGAAUCAAGAUUUUCGAGUUUCUGGUUCUAAAAAAAAUGUUUGGAAUUCCGAGGAUGAUUUCUGAAUUGGGAUACUUUUUGAAUUUGGCGCAAAAAUUCAGGUGUCCCAGUCAUAUAAGGCAAGUCAAGUAUGGUGUUAAAAAAUUUUGCAGAGACAAUUUCAUCACAAUGAAUAUCAGCAAACACGCACGACUAUUAGGAAAACAAUUGAGUGGACAGCCUCUCUUGUUCGCGAUGCUAACAUGUGCCGAAAUGUCCUCAACAGAAACUCUAAAGAAACGCCUCUGUUCAAAAAUCAACAUUUCCUUAGAGCAGUGCUAUAUAAUCAUCCGAAUUUCCAGUCAUUUUCCGAAAAACUAUUUCCAUUCAUGGCAUUACCAAAAGAUCAUCAUUGAAACAUCUACGAAGAAAAAUACGUCGACGACUGAAGAGUACGAAUAUGACGACGAGAAUGAUGACUCAGAAGGCGAAGAAUAUUACGAAUCCAGAGAGCAUAACGAUGAUACUUUUGGAAACGAUUUGGCCCAAAUAAUGAAACAUUAA